UGGCUCUCGACGCGGCGAUGAUCGAGGCGAUCGCAGCGCGGACGAGUUCCUCGCAGGCUGCGCCCAUCAUCUCGCAGCGGGUCGACCACGCGCUCUACGUCAGCUGCGUCCGCUUCGCACUGCGGCUGGCUGCAGACAUGCUCGCCUCGGGCAGGCUCGUCUCGAUGCUGGGCCUCGAGGUGACGUGGAGUGUGCGGAUGCUGCCCCAGGUGGCUCACGCACCCAAGGGCGCGCCGCCGACCAACGCGGGCUGGGACGACGCUUUUCUCGAGGAGCGGUUCGGCUCGAUGGUCGACCGGCUGCUGCAGAAGCGGGACAUCAACCUGGCGAUGGUGCCGGACCACCUCGAGAGGGAGCUCUACCUGAACGUCGUCCGCCUCCUCCUCAACAUCGCAACCACCGCGUUGAGCUCGCACGACGGCGCGGGCGGGACGCAGGUGGACAUCUUCGGCGUCUCGGCGCGUUUCAGCUUAGAGUGAUGCCGUGCCGAGCACGCCUCCAACGAGAGCCCGUGCGCAAGUCGGGAGCUUCUUGCGUGGCAAGAGUCACUUACGCGACACACUCUCCUUACGCGUUAGCCGUUACGCCGCGGCAGUGGUGUGGCCGUUCGAAUUGGCCGUGUUCGUGUUCUAAAAUAUCUCCCUCUCUCUC